AUGAAAGAUGAGGAGUGGAUACGAAUAGCCGAGCAGUUUAAUGCUACGGCAACUAAUUGUCGUUGGACACCACAACAGCUGCGGCUGAAAUGGGAAAAUUUAAAAAAAAAUGCACGUAAAUGUUGCACCAAAAUAAGAAUGAAUAGCAUAAAAACUGGUGGAGGUGUUGGUGAGUACAUAUCCCCUGAUGAAAUACUGGAUCGUGCUACCAGCCUAUUGGGGAGUACAGCCAAUGGAUUAGUUGUUCCUUAUGGGGGAGAUAAGGAACCUGAGCGCUAUGCAGUGCUUUGUGAUGGUAGUGGUAUUGAGCCAAAUGGUGGUAGUGUAUAG